GUUUUUUGAUGGGUUGGAACAAACCUAUAAUUGCGCAUUACCAUCUCAUUGGUUGAAUUGGCUUCCCGCCGCUUGACAUUUUUGAAAUUAACCAAUAGGAUCAUUAUCAUUAUUGGCUUUUCACAAGUAUAUGAACUAGGCUUUAGGCUUGGUCCUACCCAAAACAAAUUAGUAGUACUACUCAUACCGAAAUGAAAUGUCGUACCAAACAAUGAUUCAACCAAUAGAAAUAAAUUUAUCUUACAGAUACUUACCAGCAAGUUUACCUAAAAAUGAAUAACUUGGGCCUUUUUAUACAAGAGCCGGGAAUAAACAAAAAUUGAUCUUAUCAAGCAACUUCAUUUUCACUCAUUUGUCAAACAUAACCUCACAAAUACUUGAAUCUAAAUUUUUGUCCAAUGAAAUGUUUCAAAAUCUCAAUUUACUAAUACACAAUAAUGUCACGCAUUUAUACAUUGCUCAAAUCCAACAUUAAAGUCUUAGAAAGACUUUCAUUGCGCAAACAUUACCGCACCUCAACCCAAAACCCAUUUAAUUCCAACUUGAAAUCUAUAAGUUUACAACAUCAUUAUAAGCCAAAAUGGCACAAUUAUUGGAAUUGGUUACCCAAACAUUUUGCAUUUUUUGCGGUAGCUCUAUGUGACGCUGAUAACUUACCAAGCAGGCAGGAAAAGAGAUUCUUUAAGGCUAUACAAUAUGGACUUACACAUGAAGUUAACAACCUUAUCAAAAAUGGUAUGGAUGUUAAUAUAACCCAUCCAUUAGGCUGGACCCCAUUAAUGGUAGCCAGUGUUAACAACCAAUACGACAUUGUAAAAUUACUAUUGGACAAUAAUGCCAACCCAAAUAGUACUGACAAUUACAAGAACCCUGGCAGAACUUCACAGACAAAAGUUUUGAUGAUAAGAGAUGAGGAAUUUUCAAAUACUCUAAACAACAAGGCUACUUUCAUGGGUUUCACUGCUUUACAUUAUGCAGUUUUAAUGGAUAACUUUGAAAUAGUCAAGUUGUUAAUUGAAAAAGGUGCCAACCCUUGUAUUGAAAACGAAGCUGGACAAAAACCUUAUGUUUAUGCCAAAGAGGGACCUCUUAAGGAAUUUUUAAAGGUGGAAACUGAAAAGUAUGAGGAAAAAGCAAAAGAAAAGGAGCUGGAAGAGCGUAGAAAGUUUCCAUUGGAAGAUCGGUUGAAGCAGUAUAUUGUAGGACAAGAGGGAGCUAUAGCUAUUGUUGCAGCAACUGUAAGAAGAAAAGAAAACGGCUGGACCGACGAAGACCACCCCUUAGUAUUCUUAUUUUUGGGUUCCUCAGGCAUUGGCAAAACCGAACUGGCCAAACAAGUGGCCGCCUACAUUCACAAAAACGAAAAAGAAUCCUUCAUCCGCCUGGACAUGUCCGAAUAUCAAGAAAAACACGAAGUAGCCAAGCUAAUAGGAGCCCCGCCCGGCUACAUCGGUCACGACCAAGGCGGACAACUAACUGCCAAAUUAAAAACUUGCCCUAACGCUGUUGUCCUGUUUGAUGAAGUUGACAAAGCUCAUCCAGAUGUUUUAACAGUCCUUUUACAAUUAUUCGACGAAGGCCGUUUGACUGAUGGUCAAGGCAAAACCAUUGAGUGCAAAAAUGCCAUAUUUGUAAUGACAUCGAAUUUGGCCAGCCAGGAAAUUGCCAAUCAUGCUUUGAAUUUACGCAAAGAUGUUGAAAAAUUAAAACUUGAACGCAAUAACAAUUUGUCUGAUGAUAUUAUAAUUUCCAGGAAAUUCAAGGAUGCUGUGGUCAAGCCUAUAUUGAAACGUCACUUUAAAAGAGACGAAUUUCUAGGGCGUAUUAAUGAAAUUGUGUAUUUUUUGCCCUUUUCCAGAAGGGAAUUGUUGCAACUGGUGCAACGUGAGCUCGAGUGUUGGGCUCAAAGAGCCAAAGAUAGACAUAAGAUUGACAUUAAAUGGGACAGAAAUGUUGAGUCGGCUUUGGCCGAUGGUUAUGAUGUUUGUUAUGGGGCUAGAUCUAUAAAAUAUGAAGUGGAAAGGAGGGUUGUUAAUCAAUUAGCUGCUGCGCACGAAAAAGGUAUGAUUGGCAGAGGCUGUAUGAUUAAUAUUACGGCAUCUUGGCCUGAAAAUUGUGAUUGUGCCGAGUUUAAGAUUCAAGUUAAAAAAAGCGGUUUUAAGGAUUUUAUUGAUAUUGGUAAUGUUUUGCCUACUAUUUAUAGAUAUCCUGUUGGCUCGAGUCCAAACCUCCUAAAAUUAGUCAGCGCAUCCAUUCAAAACAUUCAUGUAUAUGUGUGUGUGUGUGUAUGUAAACAGUAUUUGUGUGUGAAUGUUAGAACAACGAAGAUUGAAAUGGCUACAAGAAGUAAAAAGAAACAACCUCAAGCGAAAUAUUCUUUGGGUAACGAAGCUGAAGAGUUGCACAGAAAACAACUUGCAAUUGAAAAAGAAAUUAGGCUUUUAAAAGAGCAGCAACAAAAGACAUUUUGUGUGAGAAAUAUUCCUAAUAAGCCUCCCCCGCCUUAUAGGCCUUCACCCUUAAAAACAACUCAAAAAAGCCCUUCAGUUAUACCUGCAAGUAAAGAAGAAAUCGCCCAAAUUACUGAGUAUUCGGCUAAGAUUUUGCACAAGGCUUAUUUGUCCAAAAAUCUGGAUAAUGUUUGUAUUUCGGAUAAUAUUUUGAAUUUGAUUGGCAAGAAUAUUAAUAAAGGGUGCUACAAAUACGUUUUCGAUCUGUGCAAAGAAAUAGCCAAAGACCAUUAUGGCCAGUUCACACAAGCCGGCCCUUCGUGGAUGGACUUCAGCACGAAAACCGCCCUUUUAAACAAGCCCUUAGACGUCAACGGUUUGAACAAAUUGAUGACCAAAAAACUUCUAGAUUUGUUCGGAUUUGACAGAAAUCGCAACUGCAAACCACCAAAGAAGAAACAUUUAGAAGAGAUUUUGAAACAAGAAAUGCAAGCAGAAGAAGGCACUUGGACUAGUUUUGCUCAAGACGAGGCCCUAAUCAAAAACAAAAUGGUCAACGAGCUAAUGGAAAUCCUUUUAAAAGAGUCUGCACUUGUAUUGAAAAAAGAACAAAAUUACCUUUUUAGGAUGAACAUUAUUAUCAUUUGUGUUAUAACAUUUAUGUGUUUGUUAAUUGUUAAUAAUAUUCAAGCUAUGAAAAAUACUUCAGAAACUCAAAGACAACCUAGAAUAUUUUUCAAUAAUAAUUUCUUUUCAAAUAUUUUGGGCGUAGGAGGAGGAGGCUCAUCAUCUGAGUCAAUAUUAGAUGAUGAUGACGAUGACAUUAAUAAUGAAGAACAAACAAGAAACUGUACUUGUGAAUGUGGUAUAUCCAAACACGAAAACAGAAUAGUAGGAGGCCAUCCUGCCGGAAUAAACCACUAUCCUUGGAUUGCCAGGAUUGUCUACGAUGGACAUUUUCAUUGUGGAGCCUCACUGAUUUCAGAAAACUAUGUUUUAACUGCAGCUCAUUGUGUUAGAAAUUUAAAGCGUUCAAAAAUAAGAAUAAUAUUAGGUGAUCAUGAUCAAUCAACUACAACCGAUGUCCAAGCUAAAAUGCGGGCAGUUGCAAAAAUAAUCAAACAUAGGAACUUUGAUAUGGAAAAUUACAAUCACGAUAUUGCCUUGUUGAAACUACGGAAACCGGUGGAUUAUGGUAGCAAUAUACAACCAAUAUGUUUACCUUCAAUUACAGAUCCUGCAGGUAAAGCUGGCACGGUGAUAGGUUGGGGCAGGACCAGUGAAAGUGGAGCCUUGCCCAAUAUUGUCCAAGAAGUCGAAGUACCAAUAUUGAGCCUUAGCCAAUGUAGAGCUAUGAAAUAUAGAGCCUCAAGAAUUACUACAUAUAUGUUGUGCGCUGGAAAAGGAGUCCAGGAUUCGUGUCAAGGUGAUAGUGGUGGGCCUUUGCUUGUACACAACGGAGAUAAAUACGAGAUUGCUGGAAUCGUAUCUUGGGGAGUCGGUUGUGGACGUCCAGGCUAUCCAGGAGUCUACACAAGAGUGUCCAGAUACAUAAACUGGUUGAAAAUAAACUUGGAAGAUAAUUGUUUGUGUACUUAGUUUGAAUAAAGAUUUUUCAAUAAAUUAGACGCA